AUGCAAAAACUAUCUUCAAAGGGGUCACAACAAGGCAUCCUUCAUUGGACUAGAAGUGGUGUUAGAGGUAGUAGAGGUGGUGCUUGGGAUAGUGGAGGUGGUAUAGGGAGUAAUAGAGGUGGUGUAGUGGGUAAGACAGUUGGUGCAGUUGGUAACAAAGGUGGUGCAGUAGGUAAGAGAGGUGGUAAAGGUAUUAAAAGAGGUUGUAAGGGGGGUAAGACAUCUACUGGAGUGGCUGAGGUUGAAGGUGGUGGAGUGGCUGAGAUUGAAAAUGAGGAUGAAACUAUUCCUGAAAAAUAUUUAGUCCAUCUACGGAAGGAAAUGCAAGAUUUGAAAGUAUCACAGAAGAGGAGGAUCCCCCUUAGACUGACACACAAGAUGGGGCUGAAGAAAUUAUCCUUGAGACACAACCAGAAAGUGAAGAACAAGAAGAAGAAGGCAUCAAUGACACCCAGGAAUUACCAGUACACCUUAGGAUUGUGA